UUUACUUUUGUAGAUGUCCAUUCGAAAAUGUUUGUCAGAAGAUUCGUUUGCUGGAAAAAGGCAAAAACUAUGUUCAUCGGUAUCAUGCAAUCUACUUUACAAAAGUCAAUUGAUUUGGAUCAGUGAGGAUGCAUCAAAGCAACAUAUUGAAUCCGUUAUUCAAUCAACUGGGGCGAGUGUUUCUCAACAAAAACAGGACGGUUUCGAUGACUUUGAUACUCUUAUUACUAUCAAGGGAAACGAGAAAGAUGUACAGAAAGUCCUAUCAAUUUUUCAAUGCAAAAUACAAGUCAAUAAUAACAGUUGCGUUUUUUUCGUUUUGUGGUAGUGCGAAGGGAUUUGAAAAUCGGCUCAUCAACUUUUGCUCUGGCUCCGAUAUCUGUUACGAUAUUCAAACAUGUGAUUAUGGGACUACCGUUGCAUUUGGAAUAAGGCUUGAGAGAUUUGACGAAAAUUCCGAAACGAUUAUUCGAUUCAUGAAGGAUCUGCUGAAUCAGCAAGAUGAGCCAAGCAUUGUGGAAAUAGCUGAUGACAUGGCACACAGUGGAGAAAAAUUCACGAUGGACGAAAUUUGGCAAGGCUUCGUUAACAACUUUCCCAAAAAUGAACGAAUCCAAGCAAUUGGAAAACUGAUUGGACACCUGGAAGGAUCUGAAUCGUUAUUUCUUAUGGCCUACAAUUUGCAGAAUACAAAAGGAAACAAAAUCGAGGUUUUAAAAUUGGGAAUGAAACGUCCAUUCAAAAACAAACGAGAAUUGGUGAAAAAGUUGAAGACUGCCUUCCGUUCGAGUGAACAGAAAGAGAUUCUCGACACAGCAGCACAAUAUAAUUGCGAUAAUGUUGAUUUGUGUGUUGCCCGUGUACAUCUCGACAAGAAACUGAAGUCAGAUGGCAGAAAAAUGAUCAUUCAUGACUUUUGCUCCACCAACGCAUCGGAGAAACAUUUGAAAAAUCUGAAACUUGCCAAGCAACUGACAAAAUCUAAAUGCCUGGAUGAAGCCCAAGUAAUCCCAGAAAAGCUUCGAAAAGCAUCUUACACCAAUGAUUAGCACCAAUUAUCCAUUCUGGAAGUCAUCUGUCGAAGAUUUGAACAGUGAUACGAAGCUCGAGGACUUGCAACUCCAUAUCUGUCAGCGUGGAAUUGAAAAUUUUUCCGGAUCGACUUUUUUUGAUUAUUUUUCUAUGAAAGCGUUGGUAAUAAUGCGUUCAAAGGGAAUUCCGGAUUUCAUGUUGAAUGUGUUGAAUGGAAUUGCAAACCAUGCAAACAAUAUUUCCCAGAAAAAUAUUCCGUCUUCUUCAAGCAAUGCAAGAGCAGCAACCUCAAGUGGUGGUUUUAUUUUCUCCCAGCAUUAUUUCUGUCCCAAUUUGACUUUUUCACAAUGUGUUGUAUUUAUGUCCCGAUUUUUUUUUGAAAUGUUCAUUCACAAUGGUUCUUAUUUUUGAAUCAUUAUUUACUAGAAUAUACCUGAAAUGUCUCUUGCUCUUUCUUUUUUUUACCAAAUAAAUGAUAUGAAUUUCA